GUCAUGUCCAGUUGCUCUGACAUGUAUGAUAUUCAAAGUCCUCUGUAUUUGCGAGGGUGAUCUAUUGCUUUGUGGACGCGAGAGGGCGAGGAACGUCGCGAGCUUUGCUGAACGGGUGAAGUGGCUGAGUCCUCAACUCUUCUUAAAAAACCGAGACGAAGCAGCAGGAUGUUCAAAGGCUACGUUAUUUCGGCCGCCGUAGGUACUACUUUUGUGGUCCUAGUCUUAUGGCUCGUGUGCUCAUCCGUGGCAGGAAUGCCCAGCCAGUAUGCCCAAGAGAGGAAGAAGAUGGCAGACAAGGAGAGAAGUAUGAGACUUGGGUCGCAACUGACUCUAAACGACAGAGAAGAGAUGGUGAACUGCUACCUGAUGUCUCUGAAGCAGUUUAUGAUCGCCACCAGCACUGCGGGCAAGACACUCUUCCCUCCGUCUCAGCAUUUCUUCCACACCAAGGCAGACAUUGACAACUCCACGUUGUUCCAUAUCAUUCAAAUGAUGCCGAAAGGCGGUAGUCUCCACUUGCACGAGAGCUGCAUGACGUCACUGGAGUGGGUGAUUAAGAAUCUGACAUACAUGGACAACUUGUACACCAGGAUGGAGGAGAGCGGAGAAGUCAGGGCCAGGCUCUACCUGUUCUCCCAAGCAUCACCUGGGACAGAAUGGACGCUUAUGUCGGAGCUGAGGGCAGCACAAACAGAUGUGGAUAGAUUUGAUCAGGAGUUGCUGGACACGCUGGCAAUGUGGGGUACAGAGCCUUACGCAUCCAACCAUGAAGCGUGGAAUGACUUCCACGCUUACUUCAGGGGCAUUGACGGGUUUUUGACCAAUAUGGAAUCUCGCCGCCUUUAUGAUCUCCACGGCAUUGAGGAAGCCUAUGACGAUGGACUCCAGUACUUAGAAUGGCGAGUCAGUGCGAACAACACUGACAUGGUUGAGUACAUCCGGAUGCUGCAGGGUAUCGUGAAGGAUUUCAAAGCAGAGCACCCAGAUUUUCUUGGCGUGAAAGUUAUAUUUGAAGGAAUGAGGUUUUAGCUCUGGUGAGGGACUUGCGCGACCACCCAGCCUCUUCAAUGAUCUCCUAUGGCGCCCCUGUGGUCAUCUCCUCCGACAACCCGAACGUGUACUUUGCCAAGAUGCAGUCUCACGACUCCUACGCCGCCUUCAUGGGACUGGCCUCGCAGCAGGAUGACCUCAGACUGCUGAAACAGCUGGCCAUUAACUCCCUUAAAUACAGCGCCAUGACGGAAACAGAGAAGACAGAUGCCUUUGCCGCUUGGCAGAUUCGAUGGGAUCUAUUUGUAGAAGAGGUCAUCGCUAAAUAUAACUUGGAGAGCUACUGCCAAAAACCGAACUUGUGAAACCUAAAAGCCCCCCAACUCGUUGCUCAAUACGAUAAUAGUAUGUUUAUGUAAUGAAUAUAAACAAGCAGAUUAAGUUUUCAUUUCCAGACUCUUCACCUUGCUGGCAAUGUCCUCUCAUAUAUAUGUACAACUAGCUGGUCCCCCUUUCGAUGAACCGAAAGUCAUUGGCGUACCAUAUUUACACUCUACUGGAAUGAUGCAACACUUCUUGAGAGAUACGAAAAAUUAGAAG